AUGGGUAUGUGCAUGAUCAUCGGUAAGGCGAUACCAACUCAUGACAUCAACAUUGCAGAAUGUGUUAACUCUUGCUUGAAGCGUGCAAGACAAAUGCCAAUCACUGUUCUGAUCAAGUUCAUCAGAAACAUGUUUCAGCAUUGGUUCCAUGAUCGAUACGGGGAGGCCGUCAUGGUGACCACGCCCUUCAACCUUUGGGCUGCUAAGCAGUUAAGCAAACGGUUUAAUGAUGCACAUCACUUUGUAGUUAAACCUAUCAAUCGAGUGGAGUUUGAAGUUAAAGGUAGGAAGAUGGAUGGACUUGUAAACUUGUCCAAGAAGACGUGUUCAUGUUUUGAGUUCCAAACAGAUCUAUUGCUAUGCAGCCAUGCCAUUACGACAAUAAGUAAGUGUAAAUGUGAAGUCGUUAAAUUUUACGCUGAAUACAACAAGACAACCUUUUUAGUGGAGGGUUAUGCUGGGUCUAUACUACUGGUUGGGCAUCCAAGUGACUAG